AAGCUUUCAAGCACAAAAACCUCCAACCUAGCCAUGAAAUCUUCUCCAUUAACCCUUCUUUCACUUACCUUCAUUGUUCUAUGUUCAUCUUCCUUAUGGGCUGCACCUUCUUCCAACCAAAACAAGGACUUUAUUCAAUGUCUUCUCCAUCAUUCUCCAGACACUCACUCCAUAACCAAGCUUGUUUACACUCCCAUCAACGCCUCAUAUUCAUCUCUCUUGAAUUUCUCCAUUAAAAACCUUAGAUUUUCAACGCCCAAAACCCCAAAGCCACUUGCAAUCAUAACCCCAUCAAACAUUCCCCACAUUCAAGCAGCCAUCAUAUGCUCCAAAUCCCAUGGCCUUCAAAUCCGUAUUCGAAGUGGCGGUCAUGACCUCGAGGGGCUUUCUUUUGUCGCCCAUGUCCCUUUCAUCGUCGUCGAUUUGAUUAAUUUGAGCUCGGUCGAGGUCGAUGUCGAGAAAAAUACUGCAUGGGUUCAGUCCGGGGCGAGUCUUGGUGAACUUUACUAUAGAAUUGCGGAGAAAAGUCGGACGUUGGCGUUUCCGGCAGGGCUUUGUCCGACGGUUGGUGUUGGUGGGCAGUUUAGUGGCGGUGGGUAUGGGAUGUUGAUGAGGAAAUAUGGACUUGCGGCGGAUAAUGUGGUGGAUGCUUACUUGGUUGAUGGUAAUGGGGAGUUUUUUGAUAGAGAGAGGAUGGGGGAGGAGUUGUUUUGGGGUAUUAGAGGCGGCGGUGGAGGGAGCUUUGGGGUUGUUGUGGCGUGGAAGGUGAAGCUGGUUCCGGUUCCGGCGACUGUAACGGUUUGUGCAACUAGCAAGAGUUUGGUGGAUGGUGCAAUUAACCUCAUUGAUAAGUGGCAAUAUGUGGCUGACAAAUUGGAUGAAAAUUUAUUCCUUGGCAUCAUUUUGGCUGGAGGAGGCAAAACAAACCCAUUAGCUAUAUUCUUCUCCUUGUUUCUCGGAAAGGCAGACGAGCUCGUGACAAUACUAAACAACGCGUUUCCCGAACUGGGUUUAUCAAAAGAAAACUGCAUAGAAACGAGCUGGAUAGAAGCAGCCCUUAUAGCAGCCAACGGGUUCCAAACAGGCGAGGUCUUAGAAGCCCUGCUCAAUAGAUCAGCCCUGAUACCACCAAUCAACAGCGGCAGAAGCAAAACCAAAUCCGACUAUGUCAAGCAGCCCAUGACUAGAACAGCAAUCGAGGGCAUGUGGAACAGAUCAAAAUCUCAGGAAAUAGAAAGGGCAAGCCUUGUAUUCAUCCCAUAUGGAGGAAAAAUGAGUGAAAUUUCAGACUCAGAAAUUCCCUUCCCACAUAGAGCUGGAAAUCGAUACGAGAUCGAUUACAUUGUCGGGUGGGACGAGCAAGGCGUGGAAGCAGAGAAAAGACACUUGAAUUGGAUGCGAGAGCUUUACAGCUACAUGGCUCCUUUUGUGUCGAAUUCGCCAAGGGCUGCAUAUGUCAAUUGUAGAGACCUUGACAUUGGAUCAAACGACAUGUAUGGACGAACAAGCUACGAGCGAGCACGAGUUUGGGGUUUGAAGUAUUUUGGCAACAAUUUUGAUAGGUUGGUGCAUGUCAAGACUAAAGUGGAUCCUUAUGAUUUCUUUAGGCAUGAACAAAGCAUACCCACUCUUUCCCCCACUCAAGAAUUUAGCAAAAUAGUUGAACAAUGUGAUGUUUUGUUUUACAUUUAUUCUAAACUAUGCCCCCAACGACCGCUAGGCUAAAUGGGUCGAUGAAAGUGGAAAUAUUAUUAGAAAUAAAGCUAGAUUUGUAGCUCGAGAGGAAUGUA